GCUCGCCCCGGCAGACUGACACUGCACGGCAGUCCUCACUAGGCCGCCGUGCGGUGAGGCCUCGUUGGAGCGGCAGCGGAGGCGGCGCCGGCGACCAUGAAGAGGCAGAACGUCCGCACCCUGUCGCUGGUGGUGUGCACGUUCACCUACCUGCUCGUCGGCGCCGCCGUCUUCGACGCCCUCGAGUCCGACACGGAGAGCAAGCGCUGGGAGGUGCUGUCAGAUCUGAGGGAGCAGCUGGUGAAGAAGUACAACAUCACGGCGGAGGACUACCGCGUCAUCGAGGUGGUCAUCAUCGAGAACAAGCCGCACAAGGCGGGACCGCAGUGGAAGUUCGCGGGCGCCUUCUACUUCGCGACCGUCGUGCUCGCCAUGAUAGGGUACGGCCACUCGACGCCGGUGACGAUCGGUGGGAAGGCGUUCUGCAUGGCGUACGCCAUGGUGGGCAUCCCGCUGGGGCUGGUGAUGUUCCAGAGCAUCGGCGAGCGCCUCAACAAGUUCGCCUCGGUGGUGAUCCGGCGCGCCAAGACGUACAUGCGGUGCUCGCGCGUCGAGGCGACCGAGAUGAACCUGAUGCUCGCCACGGGACUGCUCAGCUCGGCCAUCAUCACCACCGGCGCCGCCGUCUUCUCGCGCUACGAGGGCUGGAGCUACUUCGACUCCUUCUACUACUGCUUCGUCACGCUCACCACCAUCGGCUUCGGCGACUACGUCGCCCUGCAGAACGACCAGGCGCUGAGCGAGAAGCCGGGCUACGUGGCGCUGAGCCUGGUCUUCAUCCUGUUCGGGCUGGCAGUCGUCGCGGCCAGCAUCAACCUGCUGGUGCUGCGCUUCAUGACCAUGAACGCGGAGGACGUGCGCCGCGAGGACACGGAGCUGCAGCCGGCGUCGCAGCACGUGCUGACGCUGGACGGCGAGGUGCUGGCCAUGAACGGCAAGCUGCUGGCGGGGCACGCGCACUCCGGCGCCGGCGACGCGCCCGACGCCGACCAGGUGUCGGUGUGCUCGUGCACCUGCCUCGGGCCCUCCAACUUACUUCUCACCGACUGA